AAUGAUAAAAUGAAACUGGCCGGUGGUAGGGAGGGAUAGUACCAGGCAGUAAGAAGUACGGGCUCUGUAAAUGAAUUGAAUUUCUUCUGAUUGUGUGUAAUAGUUAUUAAUAUUGAAUAAUUUUGCCUAAGGAGACGUUGCUCAAAGGCUAUUGACUGUUUUUAAUUUUUGAAUAAAAUACAGAAAUGGCUAUCGAUUAUAUCAGUUUUGCAUAUGCUGCCUCUGUUGCUGCUGGAGGAAUUAUUGGUUAUGUAAAAGCAGGGAGCAUACCAUCUCUGGGUGCUGGCUUAUUGUUUGGCAGUGUAUUAGGGUUUGGAGCUUACCAGACUUCACGUGACCCCAACAAUUACUAUGUUCUGCUGGGAACCAGCACAGUAUUGGGAGGCAUUAUGGGAGCUAGAUUCUACAACUCUGGAAAGAUUAUGCCUGCUGGUCUCAUUACUGUCUUGAGUGCACUGAUGAUUUGUCGCUUGGGUGCCAAAGCUUUGGGUAUGACUGCGAUUGAUAACUUCUCGAGGGACAAGUAACUUUUCUUCUGUAUCAAACCACUCAAUUUAAACACUUGGUGAAUAUAUCAUGCUCCCUUUCCUUGAGGAGGGAUUUAAACAGGUUUGAGAAAUACAAGGGGUAUAUUCUUUAGAUUUACAUCCACAGAUGUAGAUAACAGUAAGUUGGGUGAAAUCAUAAAGGAAUGAUUGUGCAAUAUUUUCAUUUCAGAGUGUUUUGAUAACAAGAAUACACCUUAGUACUGACUAUAGUUUUGUUUACUGAAAUUUUACAUGAAAGUAAUUUAUUUACAUUGCAUUUUUAAUGUAGUAAGGAUUAUAAUUGUUGAGUUUUUAUUUCGUCUUAUGAUUUGGAUUAUAAUGUAUAAAGUAAGCUUUACACAUUCUCAACUGUUGUUAUCACAAAAUGAUUGUAAAUUUUUAAAAUAAACUUUCUUUGUACGUUGGAUUUAAGGUAGUGUAGAAGUUUUAUAUAGUUAAUGUUAAAUAAACUUAAUUUACAAAGUA